AUGGCUAAAGGACAGCUGCGCUCUGUUUUGGCCCACAAGAGGCUGCGGGCGUUUAGUCAGUCAGUCGGGCCAGUCGGAGAGCGCCGGCAGCCAGCCCAGCCCAGGCCAGCUGAGCUCAAAGUUCAGGCCGAUCCGAUCCGAGCGGUGGCUUCCUUCCUUCCAAAGGCGGGAGCGGCCCAAGAUGUUCGGCCGGUCGCUCGACAGACAGACAGUCUGCCUUCUUCGCAGGCAGCCAAACGUGACAGCUACAUCGUGCGUGUAAAAGCGGUGGUGAUGACGCGGGACGACUCGAGCGGAGGCUGGCUGGCCCAGGACGGGGGUGCACUCAGCAGGGUCGGAGUGUGCCGCCUGCGACCACCUGAACUACCCCCACUGCCACUCUCUGGCAACUCACAGUUCCUUAUCCGGGGCGAGCGGCUAAGAGACAAACAGGUGAUCAUGGACUGUCCGCUGAGGAAGGACUUGGUAUAUACCAUCGCCACACCCACUUUUCACCACUGGAAGGUGGAGGACCGUAGGUGUGGCCUGUCCUUCCAGAGUCCGGCUGAUGCCAGAGCCUUCGACAGGGGCGUGCGGAAGGCCAUCGAGGACCUGGCAGAAGGCUCCACAACGUCCUCCACAGCACUCCAAAAUGAGGGCGAACUGGGCGACGACGAUGUCUUCACCAACGCCACCGACAGCUCAUCCAACUCCUCCUCCCAAAAGCUGGACGGCUGCCUGCCGCCGCUCGAGUCCUCGCCUCUUCCGCAGAGACACAAAUGCAUGCCGGGAUAUCGCCACAACCUUCACGACUCGUACCGGCUAUCGGACCACUACCUUCUGGACCAGCCUUUGUCCCGGCUUCCCCACGUCACCUUCCAGGAGGAUGAGGAAAUUGUCCGAAUCAACCCACGUGAGCGCAGUUGGGAGCGGUCGGGGGACCGCGUCAGCGAACGCUUACAGGGCCGACCGUCAGACCGGUCCUGGCUUACAGGCUACGAGGACUACCGUCACGCCACCAUGCGUGACAAGUUUAUACAGAUGGAUGACACGGAAUCUUAUGUCCACUUCGCCAAGACCGAGGCGCAGAAGCACGACUACACGUACCCGCUGGCGCCGGCCCUGUCGCCAUCAGACUCGGACCCGGCCCUCGGAUCCUUUGCCAGCAAGGGUCGCCACGGGGGAUCCUAUCGCCAGGGCUUCUCCGUGAUCUCCUCGCAGCCUCGGUCUUUCCUGCCCAGCUCCUCCCUGUCAACCAAUGGGGGUAAGAGCCGCAAAGAGGACGGUCUGGAGCGUGCCCACUGCGAGCACUGCGGCGAGGCCUUCUUGGUGGUGGAAAACAGGCGGGGCAGGUGCCAGGAUGCACCAGACCCCGUGCGGGGCUGUAUCCGGCGGGUAAGCUGCAUGUGGCUGGCGGACACCAUGCUCUACCACUGCAUGUCCGACCCAGAAGGGGACUACUCAGAUCCGUGCUCCUGCGACGGCAGCGAGGGCGGGCGGCUGGGUACGCGCUGGCUGGCCCUUCUGGGCCUGUCUCUGGUGGCGCCCUGCCUCUGCCUAUACCCGCCACUGAAUGCCUGCCAUCGGGCGGGCUUGGCGUGCGGUUGCUGCGGGGGACGACACAAGGCCCUCAGCUGA